CCCCUGAGCUCUGAGGGGAGUGUGCACUGCCCGGCCGGUGUGCGCCACGGCUGCGCGUUUUGGUGGAAAGCCCUGGGCCCCUGCUGGGGGUUGGGGUUGGGGGCUGGGUCGCCUGCGCCGAGUGUUGCUGAGGCUGCGUCUUGGGUGCGCAGCUCCGGCCCAGCCUCACCCAGGGGAACGCCUCGCAGGUGCUCACGGACGAUGGAGAGGUCCGCGCCCAGGGUGGGAGUCCGUGCUUCCGGGUGUGUCUGCAGCUCGGGGCGCUGGAGGGUGGGAUGUGACCCCGAGACGGCGGCGGCCUGGCACGUGAUGUAUGUGUGUCCUUGUCUGAUGUGUCGGUGUCCCCGCUGGACCGGGUUCCAGUCCCAGCUUUGCCACUCCCCGGCUUGUGUGCCUUGGGGCAGGUGACUACCCCGCGCUGUGCCUCAGUUGCCUCAUCUGUACAAUGGGCAUGAUUUAAAAAUACCUGUCUCAGAGGGCGGUUGUGAGGAUUGAGAGGUAAUUCUGUACGUGUAAAACGCUGCGGACGAUACCUGGCACAGACUAAAUACUCAUAAGAAUAAAUACAUUAAAUAAACUAUGAUCAUGUAUCUUUUGUAUGAGGCAAGUGCUGUGGUUGUGUAAUGUCUGCGUAACCUCAGGGGAAACGUGGGUAUUUGCGACCCGUGUGUCUGUGCGCGUGUCUGUGUCUGUGUUGUGGGUGUGUGACUCUUUGCAUGUGUUAUGUGUGCCCGUGCAUGUUUAUGUAUGUGAUGUGUGACUGUGGUGGGGUUCUGUGUCUUUGUAACCUUGUGUGAAAGGUGUGUGUAUUUGUGAUGUGUGUCCAUGUCUGUUUAGGUAUGUGAUAUGUGCAUCUCUGUGUGUCUGUGUAUUUGAUCUGUGUGCCUAUGUCUGUGCUUAUGUAUAAUGUGUGACUGUGUAUAUGUGCAUGUUAUAUGUGUCUGUAUGUAUCAGUGUGUGGUGUAUUUAUGUGUAUUUUUGCAUGUGAUUUAUGUAGCCCUGUAUGUAUGAGUUGUGUGUGCCCGUAUGCAUGUGUAUGUAGUGUGUCUGUGUGUAUCCAUGUGAGUGAAACUUGUGUCCGUGUGAGUGAUGCAUGUUACGUGUCCAUAUAUAUGCAUGUGUUAUGUUUCUGUGUACUCAUGUAUGUGAUGUGCCUGUCUCUGUGUAGCUGCUGUGUCCGUGUCUAUGUUAGUUCAUGUGAUGUGUGUGUCUGCGUGUGUCUGUGCAAUUGCUGUCUGUGCAUGUCUGUGUGACGUGCAUGUAUGUGAUACUUGUCUCUGUGGGUAUUCUUUGUUGCCCAUUUGUCUAGGGACUGUCUGCGUGGCUGUGACUAUGAGUGUCAGCAUGUCACAGUGGUGUCCGUGGGGAUCUUUGUCUGUGGCGUGUGCGUCUGUGGAUCUGGGGCUUUACUUUGUCUGGGGCAUGUGUGGGUCUUUGUGAUGCUUUGACGUUCCUGCGUGGCCGGGUGCAUCUGUGCUGGAAGCCGGCCUGCCUGUGCGUUUCCAGUGCGGUCCCUGCGUCUUUGUGUGUGACGUGUACGUGUCCCCGUCUGCUGAUGGCUGUCCACCUUUGUAUGUGAUGCGCUUGUCUAUGAGGGUCCCUGCGACGUGUGUCAGCUGUGUGUGGGCUGCGCGUGCCUGACAUCUGCAUCUUAGCGUGUAGCACAUGUGUCCAUGCUGGUGGCAUGUCACAGCGGUGUCCGGGCCAGGCACCCGUGGGCCCUGCCCCCCCACCCCCGCUGCAAGUGUGUGCCGGUCCCUGUCUGUCCCUCCCCCUCCCAUUUCCUCCCCUCCCUCCUGGCAGCCAAUGCUACGGGGGAGCCAGUUGCCAUGACGACGCUCCAUCCUCCCUCCUCCCACCCUUCCUGUGACAGGCUGUCUGCUCCCCCAAUCCUGGCUGCCCUCGGGGGCGGGGCCCUCUUUCUCGCCCCCCCCAAUCCUACCCUCUCCCCCCCACCCCAGCAACCCCGGCUCCCCAGCAUCUCUCCUCUGUCCGCCUCUCCAUCCCUUCAUCCGUCUGUCCGUUCAAAGAGGGGGAGGGGGGUACCUGAGCCAGCAAGCAGCCCCUCCCUCCCCCUGUCCUGCGUCUCCUGCCCCUCUCCUGGGCCGGGAGGAGGCCAGGGUCGCGCGGGUCCCCAUGGCUGGGGGCUGAGGGCCCGCCCCCCCCUCCUCCCCAGCCGCCACCACCUCCACCUCCCUGCCAUCCUCGACAAGAUGCCUGCCCCCGGCGCCCUCAUCCUCCUUGCGGCCGUCUCCGCCUCCGGCUGCCUGGCGUCCCCGGCCCACCCCGAUGGAUUCGCCCUGGGCCGAGCUCCUCUGGCUCCUCCCUACGCUGUGGUCCUCAUUUCCUGCUCCGGCCUGCUGGCCUUCAUCUUCCUCCUCCUCACCUGUCUGUGCUGCAAACGGGGCGAUGUCGGCUUCAAGGAGUUUGAGAACCCUGAAGGGGAGGACUGCUCCGGGGAGUACACUCCCCCUGCGGAGGAGACCUCCUCCUCACAGUCGCUGCCUGAUGUCUACAUUCUCCCGCUGGCUGAGGUCUCCCUGCCAAUGCCUGCCCCGCAGCCUUCACACUCAGACAUGACCACCCCCCUGGGCCUUAGCCGGCAGCACCUGAGCUACCUGCAGGAGAUUGGGAGUGGCUGGUUUGGGAAGGUGAUCCUGGGAGAGAUUUUCUCCGACUACACCCCCGCCCAGGUGGUGGUGAAGGAGCUCCGAGCCAGCGCGGGGCCCCUGGAGCAACGCAAGUUCAUCUCAGAAGCACAGCCGUACAGGAGCCUGCAGCACCCCAAUGUCCUCCAGUGCCUGGGUCUGUGCGUGGAGACGCUGCCGUUUCUGCUGAUUAUGGAGUUCUGUCAACUGGGGGACCUGAAGCGUUACCUCCGAGCCCAGCGGCCCCCCGAGGGCCUGUCCCCUGAGCUACCCCCUCGAGACCUGCGGACGCUGCAGAGGAUGGGCCUGGAGAUCGCCCGCGGGCUGGCGCACCUGCAUUCCCACAACUACGUGCACAGCGACCUGGCCCUGCGCAACUGCCUGCUGACCUCUGACCUGACCGUGCGCAUCGGAGACUACGGGCUGGCCCACAGCAACUACAAGGAGGACUACUACCUGACCCCAGAGCGCCUGUGGAUCCCGCUGCGCUGGGCGGCGCCCGAGCUCCUCGGGGAGCUCCACGGGACCUUCAUGGUGGUGGACCAGAGCCGCGAGAGCAACAUCUGGUCCCUGGGGGUGACCCUGUGGGAGCUGUUUGAGUUUGGGGCCCAGCCCUACCGCCACCUGUCAGAUGAGGAGGUCCUCGCCUUCGUGGUCCGCCAGCAGCACGUGAAGCUGGCCCGGCCGAGGCUCAAGCUGCCUUACGCGGACUACUGGUAUGACAUUCUUCAGUCCUGCUGGCGGCCACCUGCCCAGCGCCCUUCAGCCUCUGAUCUCCAAUUGCAGCUCACCUACUUGCUCUCCGAGCGGCCUCCGCGGCCCCCACCGCCGCCACCCCCACCCCGAGACGGUCCCUUCCCCUGGCCCUGGCCCCCUGCACACAGUGCGCCCCGCCCGGGGACCCUCUCCUCACCGUUCCCACUACUGGAUGGCUUCCCUGGAGCCGACCCCGACGAUGUGCUCACGGUCACCGAGAGCAGCCGCGGCCUCAACCUCGAGUGCCUGUGGGAGAAGGCCCGGCGUGGGGCCGGCCGGGGUGGGGGGGCACCUGCCUGGCAGCCGGCGUCGGCCCCCCCGGCCCCCCACGCCAACCCCUCCAACCCUUUCUACGAGGCGCUGUCCACGCCCAGCGUGCUGCCUGUCAUCAGCGCCCGCAGCCCCUCCGUGAGCAGCGAGUACUACAUCCGCUUGGAGGAGCACGGCUCCCCUCCUGAGCCCCUCUUCCCCAACGACUGGGACCCCCUGGACCCAGGAGUGCCUGCCCCUCAGGCCCCCCAGGCCCCUUCCGAGGUCCCCCAGCUGGUGUCCGAGACCUGGGCCUCCCCCCUCUUCCCUGCGCCCCGGCCCUUCCCAGCCCAGUCCUCAGCAUCAGGCAGCUUCCUGCUGAGCGGCUGGGACCCCGAGGGCCGGGGCGCCGGGGAGACCCUGGCGGGAGACCCUGCCGAGGUCCUGGGGGAGCGGGGGACCGCCCCGUGGGUGGAAGAAGAAGAGGAGGAGGAGGAGGGCAGCUCCCCAGGGGAAGACAGCAGCAGCCUUGGAGGAGGCCCCAGCCGCCGGGGUCCCCUACCCUGUCCCCUGUGCAGCCGCGAGGGGGCCUGCUCCUGCCUGCCACUGGAGCGGGGGGACGCCGUAGCAGGCUGGGGAGGGCACCCUGCUCUUGGCUGCCCCCACCCCCCCGAGGACGACUCCUCGCUGCGGGCAGAGCGGGGUUCCCUGGCCGACUUGCCCAUGGCCCCCCCCGCCUCGGCCCCCCCCGAGUUUCUGGACCCCCUCAUGGGGGCGGCGGCGCCCCAGUACCCCGGGCGGGGGCCACCUCCCGCUCCCCCCCCCCCGCCGCCACCUCCUCGGGCCCCCGCGGACCCGGCCGCGUCCCCCGACCCCCCUUCGGCCGUGGCCAGUCCCGGUUCAGGCCUCUCGUCGCCGGGCCCCAAGCCGGGGGACAGCGGCUACGAGACCGAGACCCCUUUUUCCCCAGAGGGAGCCUUCCCAGGUGGGGGGGCGGCCGAGGAGGAAGGGGUCCCUCGGCCGCGGGCUCCCCCCGAGCCACCCGACCCAGGAGCGCCCCGGCCACCUCCAGACCCGGGUCCGCUCCCACUCCCGGGGCCCCGGGAGAAGCCGACCUUCGUGGUUCAAGUGAGCACGGAGCAGCUGCUGAUGUCCCUGCGGGAGGAUGUGACAAGGAACCUCCUGGGGGAGAAGGGGGCGACAGCCCGGGAGACAGGACCCAGGAAGGCGGGGAGAGGCCCCGGGAACAGAGAGAAAGUCCCGGGCCUGAACAGGGACCCGACAGCCCUGGGCAACGGGAAACAAGCCCCAAGCCUGAGCCUCCCAGUGAACGGGGUGACAGUGCUGGAGAACGGGGACCAGAGAGCCCCGGGCAUCGAGGAGAAGGCGGCGGAGAAUGGGGCCCUGGGGUCCCCCGAGAGAGAAGAGAAAGUGCUGGAGAAUGGGGAGCUGACACCCCCAAGGAGGGAGGAGAAAGCGCUGGAGAAUGGGGAGCUGAGGUCCCCAGAGGCCGGGGAGAAGGUGCUGGUGAAUGGGGGCCUGACACCCCCAAAGAGCGAGGACAAGGUGUCAGAGAAUGGGGGCCUGAGAUUCCCCAGGAACACGGAGAGGCCACCAGAGACUGGGCCUUGGAGAGCCCCAGGGCCCUGGGAGAAGACGCCCGAGAGUUGGGGUCCAGCCCCCACGAUCGGGGAGCCAGCCCCAGAGACCUCUCUGGAGAGAGCCCCUGCACCCAGCGCAGUGGCCUCCUCCCGGAACGGCGGGGAGACAGCCCCUGGCCCCCUUGGCCCAGCCCCCAAGAACGGGACGCUGGAACCCGGGACCGAGAGGAGAGCCCCCGAGACUGGGGGGGCGCCGAGAGCCCCAGGGGCUGGGAGGCUGGACCUCGGGAGUGGGGGCCGAGCCCCAGUGGGCACGGGGACGGCCCCCGGCGGCGGCCCCGGAAGCGGCGUGGACGCAAAGGCCGGAUGGGUAGACAACACGAGGCCGCAGCCACCGCCGCCACCGCUGCCACCGCCACCGGAGGCACAGCCGAGGAGGCUGGAGCCAGCGCCCCCGAGAGCCAGGCCGGAGGUGGCCCCCGAGGGAGAGCCCGGGGCCCCAGACAGCAGGGCCGGCGGAGACACGGCACCCAGCGGAGACGGGGACCCCCCCAAGCCCGAGAGGAAGGGCCCCGAGAUGCCACGACUAUUCUUGGACUUGGGACCCCCUCAGGGGAACAGCGAGCAGAUCAAAGCCAGGCUCUCCCGGCUCUCGCUGGCGCUGCCGCCGCUCACGCUCACGCCAUUCCCGGGGCCGGGCCCGCGGCGGCCCCCGUGGGAGGGCGCGGACGCCGGGGCGGCUGGCGGGGAGGCCGGCGGGGCGGGGGCGCCGGGGCCGGCGGAGGAGGACGGGGAGGACGAGGACGAGGACGAGGAGGAGGACGAGGAGGCGGCGGCGCCGGGCGCGGCGGCGGGGCCGCGGGGCCCCGGGAGGGCGCGAGCAGCCCCGGUGCCCGUCGUGGUGAGCAGCGCCGACGCGGACGCGGCCCGCCCGCUGCGGGGGCUGCUCAAGUCUCCGCGCGGGGCCGACGAACCAGAGGACAGCGAGCUGGAGAGGAAGCGCAAGAUGGUCUCCUUCCACGGGGACGUGACCGUCUACCUCUUCGACCAGGAGACGCCAACCAACGAGCUGAGCGUCCAGGCCCCCCCCGAGGGGGACACGGACCCGUCAACGCCUCCAGCGCCCCCGACGCCUCCCCACCCCGCCACCCCCGGAGAUGGGUUUCCCAGCAACGACAGCGGCUUUGGAGGCAGUUUCGAGUGGGCGGAGGAUUUCCCCCUCCUCCCCCCUCCAGGCCCCCCGCUGUGCUUCUCCCGCUUCUCCGUCUCGCCUGCGCUGGAGACCCCGGGGCCACCCGCCCGGGCCCCCGACGCCCGGCCCGCAGGCCCCGUGGAGAAUUGAUUCCCCGAAGACCCGACCCCCCUGCACCCUCAGAAGAGGGGUUGAGAAUGGAAUCCUCUGUGGAUGAUGGCGCCACUGCCACCACCGCAGACGCCGCCUCCGGGGAGGCCCCCGAGGCUGGGCCCUCCCCCUCCCACUCCCCCACCAUGUGCCAAAUGGGAGGCCCCGGGCCCCCGCCCCCCAGCCCCCCAGAUGGCUCCCCUGACCCCCCUGACCCCCUCGGAGCCAAAUGAGGCAGGAAUCCCCCCCGCCCCUCCAUAGAGAGCCGCCUUUCUCGGAACUGAACUGAACUCUUUUGGGCCUGGAGCCCCUCGACACAGCGGAGGUCCCUCCUCACCCACUCCUGGCCCCAGACAGGGGCCGCAGGCUUCGGGGACCCGGAACCCCCAUUUCGCGUCUCCCCUUUCCCUCCCCAGCCCGGCCCCUGGAGGGGCCUCUGGUUCAAACCUUCGCGUGGCAUUUUCACAUUAUUUAAAAAAGACAAAAACAACUUUUUGGAGGAACACGGGGCCUGUGCGUGUUUCGCGAGGUGAGGAGGGGAGGAUGUAGGGAGAGAGUGCGACCCUGAGAAGUCCCUUCCUCACAGCCGGGCCCACAUGGCAGAUGGGACAUCGAUGCUCAGAGAGGCGGAAACUCCCGCACAGUGGCGGAGGCCCGGCUUCUCUGCUUCUCCGCUUCUCCGGAUCCCUGCUCUGCGCCUGGUGUUCGCAUCACCCGACCUCGGCCGCUGCAGCAGCAGCACUGCUGGCUCAAGAGGCCAUAAGGAUGAAGCAAGAGAAUCGCUUGAACCCAGGAGAUGGAGGUUGCAGUGAGCCGAGAUCGUGCCACUGCAUUCCAGCCUGGGCGACAAAGUGAGACUCAAUCUCAAAAAAAAAAAAAAACAAAAAACCAUAAGGAGCCCACUGGGGUUGGGUGGGGAAGGUGCGGGCUGUGGUCAGAGCCACGUUUCUGCAAGGUGGCCUGCGGUGGUGGCCAGACACUAUCCCAGGGCCAGGGGCUAGUGGGGCAGGGGCUCAGAAACGACUGCUCAUGCCCACACUGGAUCACGAUCGCAUCCCGCCCACCUCAGGUUGGCACUGCCUGUUCCCUGAAGUUCAGGGUCUACCUCCCCACCCAGCGUGGUGCUGCCUCAGUUUACCUUUCCAUGCGACUGCCCACCUCGCUGACAUUCUCAUCCCUUGCCUUUACCCUAACCGCACCUCUCUGUGUGGCUCUCUCUCAUUUCCAUCCUUCUGGCUCCCUGUCUCACCCUGCCCCAGUUUUGGUCUCCAUCUGAUCUGGAGUUUUCCUGUCUCCCCAUCUGAGUCUCUUGCUCUCAGCCUCCUCCUCCCUGUCUAAUUCUAUUUCGAUGUUUUUGUCUCGAGUUCCUCCCUGCCUCCACAUUUUUCUCCUUGUCUGUGUCUCCCUGUCACCUCCUCCUGUCUCGAUUAUGUCCUUCUGCCUUGUGCUUUUGUCUCUAUUUCCUUUUUUUAUGAGACGGAGUCUCAGUCUGUCGCCCAGGCUGGAGUGCAGUGGGGCGAUCUUAGCUCACUGCAAUCCUCCUGGGUU